GUUAAAAAAUGGGAGGGCACACUUGAACCGAGCUGCUCUAUGAAGGUAGGCUGCAGCGUGUGUUUAUUGAUGAGAUGAAAAGAAGAUGGAAGUGAGAAAUGAAACAAAGUAAAGGAACAUAUUAAAAAAAGCAAACUAUACGCGCUUCAUCGGGGGAAAACAGGGGGAGCCGUGGAAACGCUAUCGCCACUUUUUGAACGAGCUUCGAAGUGCAGAGCAGCACAUGAUUUGGACAGAGAGGACUGACAGCCUUGCCUAGCACCUGGCCUCUGAUCAGCCAUCUCCACCAGCAAACUGAAGCUUGACCCGCACUUCAUCACCAGCCACACAAGCAUCUUCGGAACAAAACGUCAUCUAACUGUGACAUCAGUUGCAAGGGGAUGACCGAGCGCAUUCAUAACAUCAAUCUCCACAACUUCAGCAAUUCUGUACUUGAGACCCUCAAUGAGCAGCGCAACCGUGGGCACUUCUGUGACGUGACUGUUCGGAUCCAUGGAAGUAUGCUGCGAGCUCACCGGUGCGUGCUGGCUGCUGGAAGCCCCUUCUUUCAGGACAAGCUGCUCUUGGGCUACAGCGACAUUGAGAUCCCUUCUGUGGUCUCAGUGCAAUCCAUCCAAAAGCUGAUUGACUUUAUGUACAGUGGGAUUCUGCGGGUAUCUCAGUCAGAGGCCCUGCAGAUCCUUACUGCGGCUAGCAUCCUACAGAUCAAGACCGUCAUUGAUGAGUGUACCCGCAUUGUGUCCCAGAAUGUGGGCCUGGCAGGGCCGGGGGGGUUCCCUGUUAUACCAGGAGACUCUGGUCAGGAAACACCCCGUGGCACGCCAGAGUCUGGCACCUCUGGGCCCAGCAGCGACGCAGAGUCAGGUUAUAUGCAAGCAACAUCACAGCAAAGCAUGGAUCGUGCAUACACAUCACUGUACUCCUACUCUGGCAUCUCUCUGCAGAACGGCACCCGCGAGCGCCCCCUGUACAUUAACCCUCUGACGUCAAACUACGAUCCCACUCUCAGCACUCAGAAGGACCAGCAGUCUCAAGAUCCACCCUGGAUGAACCGCAUUCAGGAGAGAAACCAACAGGUCGAUCGCUUCAUCUCCACAGCAGAGUCCACUCACUGCCGUAAGCAACCCCGACCGGUACGCAUACAAACAGGAGGGAUGCACAUAAAGCAGGAGGCCGAAGAUGAGUACAGCUGCUACGAUAAUUUGGGGGACUGUCCUAUUGACACUGACCAUACUGAAGGUGUAGAGAGUGAAUCCAAGGUUGAAAGUUUUGACUCAGGGGUGAGCUCCUCCAUCAGUACUGAGCCAGAUGCUAUGGAGCAGCAACCGUUCCUGACGGGCUUUAGAGACGGGGGCGGGGACGGAGGUGAAGGAGGUCCAGUGCAUAUAGAGGUCAAUGACUCGUCCCCAGAGCAAGUGCAAGAGACAGAGGACGGGGACAUAUCCCACAGCACUAGUGACAGUAGCAUGAUGCAGCCCCUGCCAAACUCAGUCAUGUCCCAGUCCCUGCCAAGUGCCCUGCACUACAUGCGCCAGGCAGAAUCACACACCAGCAAUCUGAGGAUGCCGCUCACCGUGACCAGCAAUUCCCAAGUGAUGGGCACAGCUGGAAGCACCUUCCUGCCCACACUCUUUCCUACACAGCCGGCUAGAGACAACAAGCCUUUCCUUUACCUUCCUGGCCAGCAGCAACCCCAGUUUGUGGCAGUGCCGCCCCCUGCAAUGCCAUCAUUCCCGAACCCCAUGUCGGUACAGCAAGCGCCAGCUAUGAAGCAAGAGGUUACAGGAGGACUUGGUGCAGGGGAAAAGAAGCCCUAUGAAUGCACUCUCUGCAGUAAAACCUUUACUGCUAAACAGAACUACGUCAAACACAUGUUUGUCCAUACUGGUGAGAAGCCUCAUCAGUGCAGCAUCUGCUGGCGCUCGUUCUCCCUGAAGGAUUACUUAAUCAAACACAUGGUGACACACACAGGGGUGCGGGCCUACCAGUGCAGCAUCUGCAACAAGCGUUUCACCCAGAAGAGCUCUCUCAACGUCCACAUGCGGCUGCACCGUGGAGAGAAGUCCUAUGAGUGCUACAUCUGCAAGAAAAAGUUCUCACACAAGACCCUGCUGGAGAGGCACAUGGCCCUGCACAGCACAGGCAACACCAUCACAGGGCUGUCGGGGAGCGCAGGUACCCCAGGCCCGGUCUCCAUUCCCAUCCCAAUGGCUGUCCCUGAGCCUGGAGCUGGAGUGGUGGCCCUCGCCAUGCCAGUGAGCGGAGGUGCUGGAGUAGGGGCUGGGGUUGGAACAGGAGUGGGUGUAGCUGCAGAAGCGAGCUGCCAAGAAGGGACCACCUACGUGUGCUCCGUCUGCCCUGCCAAGUUCGACCAAAUGGAGCACUUCAAUGACCACAUGCGAAUGCAUGUCUCCGAUGGAUAAGUACUAAUAGAUAAACUUCUUUCAAAAAGAAUGACAAAUAAAAUGGCACUAGAUUUUCCUUUUCUUGUUUUGAGGUAUGAAGAGUAAUGAGUAUAGACACUGGCACAUUAAGUUUCCCAAAAAAGAUUUUUUUUUUUUUCUGUUAUUCUAAAAGAAAAAAAAGAUGGUGGCCUUAAGGCUUAGUAGUUUGAUAUUGAUCUACUGGAUGGAUCCUAACUACAGGCCUCUAAAUGUAUGCUUUCCUAAAAUACUGAUUUAUGUGUUGAACACUACCGAAAGGCCUACGAAAGAAACACAUACACACAAACACACCUUUAGUGUAGAUAUGUCUGAAUGAAUAUACAUGUGCAUAUAUGUUUGAGCGUUUGUGUGUAUUUGCAUGUGUCCGUCUGGUUGUCUAAGUGUGUGUGUGUGUGUGUUUGUGUGUGUGUGUGUGUGUGUGUGUGUGUGUGUGUGUGUGUGUGUGUGUGUGUGUGUGUGUGUGUGUGUGUGUGUGUGUGUGUGUGUGUGUACAUUGCCAUGAAAUAUAAAUCAUGGUAGUUGUGAACCCAUACUGACCAGUUUGGAAACUAUAGAUGUCCAAGCUUACUGUGGUAUAAUUUACAACAACAAUAACAAGAAAUCUUCUGGGGUUGGGCUACAUAUUCCCUCUAAAAAUACUGAUGGUCACAAGAUUGCCUUCUUAUGUAAAAUAAAAAAGGAGAGUAGUUAAUUUGACAGUGGGUUUUAUUUAUUCCUAUGGUAUUAAGGGAUUAUAAUGCAGCUGUUGUCAAGGUACCAAUUUCAAUCAUUUUACUGAAAUGUAACUUCCUGUCAGUGGUGACGGGGACAAAUAUUUCUCAUCUGUUUUGUAAUUGUUGUCCAUGCAUUUUAAUGGUUAAGAUUGCGUUUACUAAAUUAGGGUGUGUUGAUGAGACAGUAUUUGAGCAAAAAUUUGUUUCUUUUUUUCUGAAGUUUGGAGUUUAACUCAUUUGCAUACACUGCCACUAAUAUCUUAAAAGACUGUUAAGGCUAAUAGACCUCUUCCAUUUCAAAACAUAAGAAAAAAAGAAAGAUUCUUUUGCUGAUUGGUUUUUUUAGCCUUUCACAUUCACAGUUAUGGCAGGCUGGCAUAUGCGACUAAACUCUCUCCUUCAUAAUUGCUGCUCCUCAACUUGCACCUGACUGUUAUGGGAUGUAGAUUAAAAAAAUAUUUGUCACUUUCUAUUGUUGUUAUUCAGUAGCCGACAUGGUUUUAAUUUGAUAAUGGAAUUAUGAUAUUGGGGGGGAGGGGUUAGGCUAGUUGUUGAUUGGAACAGUGUUGAAGAGGGAGGGAUUUAAUUUGAAUCAAAUUUGAAUUGGAAACAAAUGCCAUCCUGAUCCUAGAACCCUGUAUAACCUGUUCAUUACUAUUGCAAAGCCAUUUAAGCUAGUGGGAGCUAAAUGCAUUAAUCUUUGUGUUAUUGCUCUCCCUGAAGGCUCAAAUGGCAUGCAACGUUUUGAAAGGAUAUGCAGUCUCAGAGCAAAACAAGUAGCUCCAUUGAUAUCACAGUUUCACGAUAUACCACAUGUUGGAGAUGGACUUUCUAGACAAUAGUAUACAUUCCUGAUUUUUCUAAAAACCUAGACACAGCAUGUACAGAAUAGAUUUGGAAGCUAGUGUGCGCAAGUUGUCAUCCAUAAAUCACAUCACUUAAGGCUCAUUUCUGAUAUUUGAAUUGUUUUGUAUUGCUUUUUACUCAAAAUAGGACACACACACACACACAUGCAACAGCCUGCAACUGCAAUCUGAAGGAUUUGCUCAUUUGUGAGCAAACACUUUAGUAGUUGUAUUGUUAAAAGAAUAACUGCGUACAGUGGUCUUAAGAAGACCCGCUGUACAUUCAAAAAAAAAAAAAAAACAGUGCUACUUUGCACAUUUCUUAAAUGCCUGUGCUUAAUAUUUAAUCAUUUUCGUCAAAUGAACUUCUAUAAUUUUCUUUUAUUCAAUUUCAAAGGAAAAAAAAAACAUUUUUUUUUUUAAAUCUUGAUAAGUGGACUGCAUUAUUUUCUUGCAUAUAUGUUGCACUGCUUAAACCAAUAAGUGCACUACUGUUAACAGAGAUAUUAUAGUUUUAGAAAAGAGGAUUUUUUUUAAAUCUAACAUUUGGUUGUAGAGUUCACAUGUAAUAGAAUAGCUUUGUUUCAAUUUAUUCAUUAAGUAAUUCAGCGGUUCUUGGCUUUCGUUAUUGCUUGCAGUUACCUACAGUAUAUACUCGUGCCGUGUUAAUGCAAGCAUUUAUUUUUAUUUAAAUAUGUACCAUUACGUGUGCUCAUCUAUGUUUUAACCUUUGAAUUCAUUCUUUUAUGGAGUCAGUUCCCUAUAACAGUUAUUCAAUUGCAUUUCUUUAGAAACAGACAGAAUUUUCUUACGAGAACAUCCAAGCCAAACAACAUUAACAGUGAAACAACAACAGUAAUAAUAAACACAACUCCCGUCCAACUCCGUUGGCAGAGGUAAUAAUAAUAACUAUUAUUAUAUUAUUAAUAAUAAUACAUUUAUAAUGUGUGUGUGUGUAACAUAAAUUAUAUGUGUGUCCUAGAACAACUUUCCGUGGGUUUAAAGGUGUGGGGAGGUGAUGGAAUGCAGCUUUUUGAUAUCUGUCUGUCGGUUGUACACAGUUGUGUCCCUUCCUUAGUGUUUGUAUGUCUGUGAGACUCUGUGUGUGGUAUAUAGCCUAAUCAAACUGUUGAUAAGUGGUAUAUCUGAACUGUAGGGCUUCCUUAGCAAUAUGCAACGCAGGUACUAUGAGAAGCAGUUCUCCAAACCUUUUGGGCUAAUACGGCACCUGUAACGUUUGUUCUGAGAUUUGAGUGAGGCCUAGGUAGGUCAAACACUGUUUACUUCGUUGUACCUGUUUGGAGAAGUUAUGUCCAGCAUUUUGAUGCUAAAUUUUAUAUAAUUGCUACUAGAUUUCAGAUCCCUGUGGAGUCAGUUGAAGUGAAGUCAAGUGAUGAACAUGAGAGACCUGGAUAGAUUCUGGUUUCUCCUCAGCUAAAAGAAAUUAUUGACUGCAGAUAAGAAAUAAACCGAAAAACAAAUGUGAGGUUAGUCCGCAGUAAAAGUAGCACAUUAUUUAACAUUUGAUUGGGCCUGUCUCCUAUGGUGUGCAUAUAAGCCUAAAUUGUAUGGUUCCUGUUUGUAGCUGUUGUUGCCAGGAUGGCAAUAUUGCUGCAUGCUAGUGCUAUAUUUGUCUCUACACAGCACGUGGAGGGUAAUCUCAUGCCUUAACAGACAAUGCACUAAAUAGAAUAUGUUAGCAACUGCCGAGAUCUCUUUCCAACAGUACUGCCACAUGUAUGGCACACAGCUCAUGAUGUUGGUGUUUGUUGUCUGUUCAGUACCAAGUUAAACACUGCCAAACUAACAUCAUCACUUUUUUGAAAGCAUAGGCAGAUACAUUAAUUGAAUUGUUUCAGUGUGAUGUAUGUAUUCAGUAAUCUAGCAUUCCUUCAUGGCACCUAAAUUUUACAUAUUUUGUGUAAACACAUAUAUCAAAUGCACUAUUGACUGUAGCUAGAUGAGUACAACCAGCUUUGUGGUAUCAUUGGUCUAAAUAGUAGGUUAAGUAGCUCGAUGUUGGUUUUUGAAAUAUUUGAUUUCACAAUUACACUAUCAAUUGUUUCUCUAUCUUUUUCUUUUUUGGAAUAACAAAAGUAGCCAAUCUCAACGUUAUCUGGAUGAGGGCUAAUAACUCAUCCCACUGUCAGUUGACUAACUUCUUGUAUCAUAAGGUGUUUGAUAGCAGACCAGGCUCGGAAGGGGAAAGAACCUUCUCUCCAGUGUGUCAUAACGUGCUAUAACAUACCUAGCCCCCCCCCCCCCCCUCUCCUGUUGCAUUAGCAUCACAUGCUCUUCACUGUCCAUAGUUAUAUAUUCCUUAUACUGCUUCAGCUACUCGUGGUGGUGCUUAAUUCUCUUUUCUCAGUGUUGCAAAAAAAAUCGGUUAAAAAUUGUUGAAAAGUUGCAACAUUAUCCAGAAAAUAAGUCCUUAUCUCAAUCGUGCUUCUUCUAGUUGUUAGUUUGAAAAAAAAGUCUAGACUUUAUGUUUGCAUAUUUUCAGAACAAAACAUAUUGAAAAGUAGAUAAUAGCCUUGAGCCUGCAGCUGUUUGUAUUGUGUUUCAAAUAUAUUACUGUUCAUGUUUUGUUUAUCUUAGUGUAGAGACACAGGGUCUACAGUACAUUGUUGUCCUUCUUGCAGUAUGUUUAAUUCAUCGUUAUACUUCUUUAUUUCAGGCUUCUUCCUGCUUUUUUUUAUGGUGAUCAUAGUGAUGUUGUUUAUACAUACAUAGCUUCACGCAACUGGAUAAAGGAUAGUCAGUUAUUGAGUCAUAUUUCACAGUACUAUAUAUGCUUAUAUGCUUAUUUGCUUUGCAUUGAGAUGAAAACAAGGAAAUGGAAGAUAGUAAUGGUGAGGGUCAUAUCGGGGCGAGGAACAGCUUCAUUUUAUUCUGAUAAGCAUGUGUCUGUCUUCCUGUUUGUCUUUCAGUCCGUCUCCACACAUUUUAAGUCAGAUUUUUUAUUUAAGCUUGACUAAAAGUCACAAAGUUAAGAGUAGAAUACAGAAAACACGUGAAACCAACUGCAUUUUUGGCCUUCUACAGUACACAUAAGAGUGAAAUAGAUAACUUCUUACAAAUAUACUAUAUAUAUUUAAGUAUCACCAUCUCCACACAGCUGGAGAAUACAUUUUCAGAUAGUUUGAUAAAGACAUAAUUGCAGCUAGAGUAUACAGUAUCUUGUGGGAUAUAGGGAAUAUGCCUAUCAAGUGCCUAUCAGUACAUACAGCAACUAUACAGAAUAUUCAUAGUUUUUCUCUCCUACAUUGCACAGAUACAGUAUAUACACAAUGGUCUAAUAUAAAUAUAUUAUUUAUACUAUUACUGCUAAGACCUGGUGGUUAUGAGUGCAUCCUAAGAGAACCCUUUAAAAUACCUGAAAUGUUCUAUUCAUAUACAGUAAAGGCUACAUCUGCAAGUUUUAUUUUUUAUCUAACAUUAAUACAGUUUGGAGGAUUCAAAGAUAUAAAACGCAAUCCCGUUUUAAUGUCUAAAUGAAACAUUACAAGUAGGUUGAGUGGGUCCGCAUAGUACCUGAGAAAACAAAUAUGAAAAAUUGAAUGACCGUUUUUUGUUCUUUCACGUUGCUCUCUCUCUCUCUUUGCUGUUUGGCAUUUUAUACAUGCCAUUUUUUAUUUUCGGUUUUUGCCAUUUGCAAACAAGCCAUAUCCUGUAAUGUAUGUUUUGGGGGAAAGGCCAGUGGCACUUUGUGAACAGCAGAGGGGGCCACACAUUAAUAGGGAGAGGUGAAGUUAACGUGCUGCCUGCCACAGUGAACGGAAAUCCAAGCAGAAUAUUUGGAUUUAAAAAAAAAUCUUAUUGUGGGUAAAUAUUGCCUUUCAUCAGAUUGUAAUAACGUCUAUAAGCAUGGCAGUAAGUUACCCCAUACUGGCACUUACUGUAAACAACUAAAAAGCGGUUUGCAGGCCAUAUGACCUGGCAGCUGCUAUAGUAGUUUUACUAUGUGUCCUUUGACCUUGAUGACAGGCCCUUCCACAUGCAAGCCAGUGCCCAAUUUCCCCACAACGAUCAUUAACAUCUCCUCUUAUCUGACAGCCUUGUUGUUUACAUACAGCUUGAAACUGUAAAGGGCAAGCAACGUGAAGAAACAAACUGGCCGUUAAACAUUAGACUGACAGUAGAUAUUUAUAACCACUUCUUGGAGGCAAAAUGAGAUUACAAAUUGAAAGUUUUGGCAAAAGAGAACACACACACACACACACACAGCAUUCAAAUGUCGUUGAAAGUGUUUGGUUUAACAAUAUGAAAACAAAAGUAAAAGAAAAUAUAGUAGAAUGAAAAUCAUAAAUGAAGUUUCAGGAAUGAGUGGCUGCGAGAUAAAAAGGUUUUGGGAUGGCUUAUUAUUCUGUCCCCUGUGGACUAAUUACCACAGUUUUCUCUAUAACCUUCUCCAGCCUAGUUACUGUGCCAAAUUUAGGGGGAAAAAAGACACGUUUUUAAUUAUACCGCUAUUGUUAAAUUAGGCGUCAGAACCAAGGAGAAAAACGAAAAAUAAAAGAAUCUUUUCAAGAAAUUUCUGUAAAACUUAUAACAUAAACAUAAUAUAUUACAUCAAAAACAUGCAUCAUACCAAAAGCAGGUGAUUGCCUUUAUUUUGACUCUUUAAACCCUCCAUUAUACAUAGUUUUCAAGUAAAUAGGAGAAAACAGCUAUGAUUAACAAAUGCACAUUUUGAAGGCUUAGUUUCAUAUACAUUUAAUGUUAAAAUAAAGCAUUACUAAUAUAGGCAAUGUGAUAAAGCUAGUCCCUGUCAUCCAACCGUCACACUAUGACACACACAAACAGCAUCUGUUCACAUUUUACAGUCAGACAUCCAGAUUCUGUUUUGAUUUUUAGCUUUACGCACAUACAGUGAAGCAGCUGUUUUAUUUAAUUUUAAAGUACAACACAGCCAAACUAAGCUAUAAUAUCAUCUAGAUUAUAUUAUUAAUUUCUCCGAACAUGCAGUUAUUACACUACCCUGAUGAGGUUUUUAAUAAAACAUCAUCAGGUAACUACCAUCCAUCGGUCCGAAUGAAGCAUGCAGUCCUGUCUACACAGCCUUUUCCUGUAGGGGGGUACUUUGUUUUUAAUCGACCACAAACUAUAUUUUGAGUGUCCCGCCAUAACAGGAUUUCUGUAUCUUUUUAAAAAAUCACAAUGGUGAGGAAACUUAUAUGCGAUUUAGCCUCUAAUCAAGACUAAACGUUGAUCCUCUUUGUGUUCUUACUCGCUGCAGUCUUUUCGGCUUAGUCCAGCUCAAUUAGUUUUAAAGUGUGCAGCAGUGCAACUAAAAACAUGCAUUCCUGUUCAAGUCCAGAACAUUCCAACUCCUAGUCUGGCAUUCAUUUUCCACACUUAACUAACCUAAUAUUAAGGAGGAUUUCCAGCACUUAAUCGUUUUACAGAUCUGUGGGAUAUUUGAUUAUGUAGUAGCAACAUUGCCCAUUACAUCAGAGUUUAGUAAAAAUGUAUAUUUCCCUAAAAUAGAUUGGGUUUUUUUUUAUCUCAUCUUGCUGUUUAUUUAAAUUUUGCCAGAAGAUCACAACUCCCAGCUUUGAGCACAGCUUAUGCUUGUGUGUACUGGUUCUAUAGACAACAUGCACUAUGCUAUCACUCAGUUUCUCUAUGUAGGUCUCUCUUUUAUAGUGCAGAGACGUAAAAUAACAUUUUUAAAAAACUGCAAAAAGAGAGAAGUCAAGGCUCUUCACCACAAUGUUGGUCACUGUCUCAGCCAGCACGCAGUCUGCAGACAGAGAUUAAAGAUUUGAGCACUGUAAUAAUGUCCCCAAAGUGGCUGGUGGUGGUCAUUUGUAAAACGGGGCCAUGCUAAUCAUUAGAAGUCAAAUUGAGAAAAAAAAAACUGUACUAGACAAUGUUUGUUUUCACAAACCAAAGAAGGGUUAAGAUAAUUUAAGUUUUAUGGAGAAAAUAGCGUUUCUUUUCUAUGUGUGUGGGGUUCCAAUGGUUGGGCUAGAUUGCUACAGUUGUUUGUUUUUUGGGUUUUCUUUGUUUUUCUUCUCACUGCAGGGUGCUUGUGAAAAUGCAUCUAUGUUUUGUGGUUGUGUUAAUUUGCCUAUUGUAGACCAAAAUAGAUUUUUUUUUAUAAGAAAUGCAACAAAACAUAAAAAUGAAUCUGACACAGUAGCUGUGAUGUAAACUAUCGCAUGUUAAAACAUGUAUAAGAUUGUAAAUGUUGCAUUGUUCCUCUUGACAAAACAUAAUACUCAAUAAUCAUUGGUUAUGUCUUCUAUACACACAUUUAGCAAAUCAGUGUAGACCUGUUCACCUUCACAUUGGAUUAAAUCCAAAAAAUCUUUAUGUUAGCAGUUUUCAUCAAAUAUUGGCACCGUCUAAUAUUUUCAGGCUGUCCCUAAAUUACUAAUUUGACAUUGUGACAUAGAGUACAUUUAGCCAUUUAUACUUGAGAUGGACCAAGAUGUUAAGUUUGCACAUAUUUGUAGCUUGUUUAUUAAGCCAAAAAAAGGAUAGAGAAUAAUGAUACACAACUUUAAGUCUCAGCAAAACAAGUUAAAUCUCACUCAUGAUCUCUAAGCAAAUAUUACAGUAUUUCAUGUUCACUGAAAAGAAAAACGUCAGAGCCAGCCAUUGCUACAUUAUUAAAAUUAAUGAGUCAAACCAAACUGUAACAUGAAUUUAAGUAUCAUAAUGUGGUCCAAAUAUGUAUUAAAGUGAUUACAAGAUGAUAUAUUUUUGUAAUGACAAGGCAUCAUCUGCGAGCAGAAUGUAAAUCAUUAGGCAAAAUUUGACAAUAUUUUAUUACUGUAAGGUUGAAUUCUAGGUGAAUCUGCUGUAUAUUUUUCAUCCUGUGUGUUCAAAAUAGGAAAUUGAAUUACUGUAAUUCGGGCGAUGUUUUGUACCCAGGUUGGAGACAGAAUUUCCCAAAUAUUGACAGUACAAAUCAGAAAUGACGUGUCCUAAUCAAAGCAGCUUAGGUUAUUUUUCAUCUGGCUUUUCAGGCUUUUUGCUGCCAUAUCUUGUAUGUAGAUGCUUUUGUAAACAUGCACUUGAGUGAACUAUGAGAUGUGCUUAUAAAUAUGUGUAUAUUUUGUUAGGCUCUUUUUGCCUACGUUAGCUUGAUAUUUUAUUAUUUCCCUAAAAGUACUUCUCCUAUAUAGUUAUGAACUUGGCACAAGUGGAGCUGUUGUAGUAAAGGUAGUUAACAUCACAACUAAGCAACCCUGAAAUAUAUGCUGCAGUAAUGUGUUUUCAGUUUGUUUUUGAUAAUUUAUGCUCCAAGUUGGUUUGUAUUUUAUUAUUAUUGUUGUUAUGAAACAAGCUUGUUUGAAAUGUAUUGACUGCUGUUUUGAAAUAGGGGAUAAAGUUUUUUUUUUCUUUCUUUUUUUUUUUAAAUGUAUGUGCAAGGACGUUUUUUAUAAUAUGAUUUGUCAAACACUGGACUGGAGUGAGUUUUCCAACAUUUCCAAGUUGAGAGAUGUAUUUGACAGACAUAACUGCACAGACGACACCCUGACAGACAAAGCACAUCCUCCCAGCUGUACAGGGGAGGGUGACUAACAUGGCCGCCAUCCUCCUGCUCAAAAUAGGAGUCAUUUAGAUGUAAGAAGUUAAGAUAUUUCCUUUGUGCUGGUUAAUUGCAUUCAUUGGGUGAUGGUUUAUUUAUAAUAGGAAACAUUUAUUAGGGGUUUUCCUUCCAAAUUGUAACAUUUUUUUGAGUGCUAUCUUAAAUAUUCAGAAAAAUCCUAAAGGGAUACCACUUGACAGCUAUCCAGUUUUCUAAAUCACCUGGUAUGUCCGCGUUAUGGUAGAGCAGAUAUGACAGUUGAGUCAUUACACCAACCACCACUUCUCAAACCAGAAAAGAGAUUUGCACUAGACUUAUUUUGGUCUCCUUCUAUCAAAAGCAAUAUAAUUCACUCAACACAUUUUUGAACCAUAAUAUGUGACGGUUGUCGCCCACAGUGGCAAUGCUGAGUAAAUGGUGAUAUUUGACAAGUCUUGAUUUGUUUUUGUAUUCAAAGGUACAGAAUCAGUCACCUUUUUAAAUGCACAUGACAUCCACGUGUAAUUGUUGUUCGUAGCAGGUUUUUUUUUACCCAGCCGUACCCCCCGAGUAUUAGUGUCCAGAUUUGAGGGGCAUUAAAACUGUUGUUUCCUCCUGUGAUUGUUUUGGACAAAUCAAGCAGCUUGGAAGUAAGUGAAGGGACGUGUGAGGGAAGGAAUCAUUUCCCAUGAGUCAAACAUCAGUUGUCUUCAUCACACAUCAGACUAAACACAUUUAAAGAUAAACACAAAUACCAAAAGAUAUACCCAGCUGUCCUCUGUCUUGGAUACCUUUCCCCUUAAAAACAAUCAUCUUCUCUGCAUAUUUGGUCGCUUUGAGUGCUUUUCGCUGGGAUGUCACAAAAGAGAGAAAAAAAAAGUGAGAUAAUAAUGAAAUAGUAAGAAAGAAAAUCUCAAAUGCACCUCACGUCAUAUAAACAUAGCACCAUUGGCCACUUGAGAAUCUGUGUCCACCAAAAUGUAUCAUACUUCAUCCUUUUUCAACGAGGUCACUCACAACAGCAGUAAUUAUUGACCUUAACGUUGGUAUUUUGUUGAUGGAUAAGUGUAAAUUUUUCAAUAAUUCACAAACAGCAAAACUUCACCAUUUUAUCUGGAUGUAGUAGCUUUCCUGUUUUCACCGCUUUGUGGUGUUGUUGAAAGAUGUUGCGGUUUGUCUAAAUAUGUUGCGUGUUAGAGGAAGCAUAAGUAUGUGCCUUCUUGUAAUCUCCUUGGUGAGCUUGUUAUUAUUGAGAAGCUGAAGCCAGCCAAUUGUGUUUGCACUAAAACCAAAUUGCUUUUGUGAUGUAGACUAUUUAAGCAAGCUUGUUGCGUCACUUUAACCGUACAGUAUGCAUGAGGGUGAAAUUGGUAAGUCUAGGGCUAGAGCUCUCAUCUGUUGACCUGUAAACCAGUGCAGCUUAGAGGAUCUUGUGAAUAUAUCUUGGCUUAGUUUUGCAUUCAGUUUUCAAUUCCAUCUACUUAAUCAUCAAGUUUGUCACAAUUUCAACAGUUCAAAAAAUAAUAAAAAAUUAAAUUAAAUUAAAAUAGGGGGAAAAAAGCAAAUAACACAUACCAUGAAUACCAUACAGCUUUUACUUUCACAUGCCACAGUUAGAGAGUUACACAACUGCAGUAGAGAUAUUAAUUUCUCUGAAUCCAUGGGAAUGCAUGAGUAUACGAGGUCGCCUCAAGACUAUUGGUCAAAUGAAUUUAGGUUGUUUUUGAAAAACAUGUAUUUAUUACAUAUUUUGUUGACAUCUAAGAAAGGCCUACAUGCUUUGAGUCUUACGAAUGCACCUUAUUCAUGUCAGUCCACGUGGGGGAAAAAGGCUGGCAAUGUAAUAUCUCUGAUUUAGCACCUUACUACACAGCAUGUUUUCACUUUAUGCCAGUUUAGCUAUUCUUCCAUAUGUAUGAUUUCAAAAAUAAAUCUCAUAUUUUGUGAAAUUGUUUCAUGGGAUGUGCCAAAGUUUGGAGGCGAUCUCCCAAGUGUUUAUGCUUAUCAUUUUCUUUUCCUCCUCCUUCAGUUAUAGCAACGGUAUGUCAAAACUUUCCUAUAACAGUGUGUGGAAUCAAUUUAUCUCAGCAAACAGUAUCAUUACUUGCCAUUUUACAAUAAGCCCUGUAUUUCACAUAUAUUUACCAGUGAUGUGUAUUUGUUAUUAUAAAGAAAAUAGCCGUAAAAGCUUCAUUAUGUUACAUAAUAUUGUGACUUUUUUCGAAAAACUGUGAAGACUUAUCUUGCAUAUACUUUAUACAGAAGUAUUAAGCCUUAAUACAAAAGACUAAAAAAAGUGUGGAAGAAUAAACUGAUUGUUGCUAAGUAAGGAUGAUUUUUGUAAAUGUUACCAGCACUUUUUUUGUAAUUUUCACUCUCUGAGGUAUUGUACAAGUUCAAGCUGUUUGUGAAGUUUGAUUAUGAAGGAAUAAAAACUAGUACUUUCCUGUACUUCACAGAAA